AGUAAUUAAUUAAUUGUCUGAAUGGCGUGAUAACACGCGCUACUAACGUGAUCGGUCUGUAACUCCGACUUCAAUUGUUGACGAUCUUCCAGUUUACGUACGGCCACAAUACAAACGCAAUUACCGCCGCAGGUUUAACUACAGACACCACCGCGUGACGUCACUACCACUACCAACAAUCAGGAGCGUCUCUCGAUCAUGACCACCUGGAUUGGACACUUCGUGCCCGGCUUGGCCAUGAUCAUCUACGGCCUCUGGACCAUUUUAUCCUCCUCGCUGUACUACCACCAGAACCCAAACCACGAAGAUCGACGCCAUCGCCGUCGCCUCCACGCGAGAAAGAGUAUCCCAUUGCCGCCUUGGUACGGAAUCUCGACGAGAUGUUGCUUCAUACCGUUCGAGCCACUCGGAAAGAUAAUCUUGCCGUUACCUGGGAUAUUGAGUGAGAUGAUAACUGCUAAAUUUAGCUUCUACACGCCGCGAGGGCUCGUGAAUACUAGCAACUUCGGACACACCGCCAUGUAUACGCCGUUUGUUAUCAGCGGUGUGGUCGAUCUGGUCGCCUGUAGGGCGAGUCUUCCGGUCGGGACGGAGAGAGCGUUCGUCGGACUGGCGUUCGCGAUCGAGACGCUGACGUUUGUCUUUCAUCUUCAUGGAAGGCCAGAGUUGGAUGCUCAAGUGCACAUCAUGUUGUGUGUUGGUAUCGGGGCUAGUCUAGUGUUUGCUUGUCUGGAGUUUCAUGAUCCGUCGUGUUUUGUUCACCGAAUUGGGAGGGGUUUGUUUUCUCUUAUUCAGGGUACUUGGUUUAUUCAAGUUGGUUUUAUUUUGUUUGGGUGGCCGCCAUGGAAUCCUGAUGAGGCAGGUGUGGUGGAAUUGAUUCCUGUUCUGUUCUGCUGGCAUAUUGUUGGGAACUUAUUGGCUACGUGUAUGAUCUAUUUGAUGACGUGGCUGGUCAUUGCGAAAUGCAAGGCCAAGUCGGUUUGUGGGAUAAGUGCUUGGGGAGGAAAAUCAGGAGUGAGUCGAUGUGAUGGUGUCUGUUCUCUCGAGAUGCAUUCUCUUGAUGAUGAGGAUGAACAAGAUGAAGUUACAGUGACAAUGUGAUAUGUUGUUUUGUUGUCAUCAUGACUCUGGUUAUGUAUUCUAGUCAGCAUAACGUUUGUUAUUUCUUAAUGAAAAGUGGUAAAGUCUAUUAUUUGUGGUGUAUUAGGCAUUCAGUGGAAUGCAGUCUAAGUUACAACAAUGGCUGUUUGUCAUGUUUUUCAUUAUUGUAAUAGCUCAGCUAUUGUAUUAUUGAUUUAUAUGUCAUAAUGUAUGUAUUCAUUCAGACUUUAUUUAACAUGAUGAUGGUGGUGGACUGA